AUGUGUGCAAGCUCCCCCCACCGCCGGCUCCAGCGGGUCCGCUGGACCAUGCCAAGCGAAGGAGCCACUGAGGAGGUGAGAGGCAGCCGGCUGGAUCGAACCCAAGUAGCCCGCUCGAGGGCAGUCAGAGUCGACCCACUUUUCCACCCAAGGGAAAGAAGCCCGCUGGGGGAACGGAGGCCCCCUCCGGACGGCUUCCCCGGGCUCCCUAUUCCCUGGUACCGCUGCGCCCGCUCCCCCGAGCCAGCCAGGGUCCAGCCUCACUCUGCAAGCCAGAGCCGGCGCGGCGCGGCGCGGCGCAAGGACCCCUUAGCACUGCAAAAGCCGCAGCUGGUGCACCGCUGCUCCUUCCACAGGCGCCCUGCGCAGCGCAGUCACGCUCCCUCGGCCGCCGGCGGCGCCCCCCAGCCCAGCCAGAGCCGCGCUAUCCCCACCCGCACCGUGCCCAUCAGCGACGCCGCGCAGCUACCUCAUGACUAUUGCACCACGCCCGGGGGGACGCUCUUCUCCACCACACCGGGAGGAACCCGAAUCAUUUAUGAUCGAAAGUUUCUAUUGGAUCGUCGCAAUUCUCCCAUGGCUCAGACCCCUCCCUGCCAUCUGCCCAAUAUCCCAGGAGUCACCAGCCCUGGCACCUUAAUUGAAGACUCCAAAGUAGAAGUAAACAAUUUGAACAACUUGAACAAUCAUGACAGGAAACAUGCAGUUGGGGAUGAUGCUCAGUUUGAGAUGGACAUCUGACUGUCCUGAGAGCAUCAGAAGAAAAGCAGCAACACUGAUACCUGUGUGUACCUGAUUUGGCUGAUAGGAUCAACAGUGCAAAGACCGAAGAGGCAGUACCAGCAGUCCCCGUUGCAGUCUCCACCUCCUCCUCUUCCUCCGGGUGCCAAAGGAUGCGAAGAUGAGCUGCAUCUGAUCAUUUCUUCUCCCUGUUUCCUAUUCCCCUUCCCAGUUAGACAGUUAGAUUGAAGGCCCUUGGCAUAUUUCUGUAGAACUAAGAGCGCACAGAGGAAAACAGUUAACUCUGGUUCCUGUCCACCCUGCCCCAUUUUUUUUUUAAUCCCAAGUCAACCUACCAAUUACUGGCUGGCUGGGAAGUCUGGGGAAGUGAUAUGGAGUUUUGAUGUGUUCAGCAUCAUUCAUAUUCUUACCCUCUGUCUCUCUCACCCAUGUUUCAGUGCUGCAAGAAUCUGGAUUUGGGGGCUUGAAAACCAUUAGAGGGAAAUGGUAAACAGGAAGAGAGCUGCUUUCCCUUUACCUUGAAGUGUUUGUCCUUGGGGACAGAGCACAGUUUGUACAAUUCUAGUAGCAUUACCCUGUGGCACUGUUCUGAGGUCCAUUUCCCCUCCUUCCUCUGGGAGGAAUGUCUUGUCUUUAGUAUUAACAUUUCAUCUUCCCGUUCCUUUACUUAGCACAGUUGUGCAACAAUUUCGUUACAUCAGAAAAGAGUCCUCAGUAACUAGCUGUUCUUUCCUCCUUUUCUCCCGUUCCUCCCUGCUUGCAUCUCAUUGCUUGCAGUCGUUUUAUACUCUGAGCUCUCUGGGUGAUUUCAUCUGCUCCCAGAGCAGGCCCGUACCACGUGACAGAGGCACUUCGGAUAUGACCGAUCAUAGUAUUCUGCAGGGGGAUAACCCAAGAAUGACCUCGGAAGACAUUGAACCCUCUGAGUACCCAGGCUCAGUAGUCAUUAUUUUUCAGUCCAGUGAGCAUUGUGAUAUUUGUUGUCUCUGAUUGUAGUUUCUUGAAUUUUAAGUUUAAAGUUGACUUUCAGAAUCCUCUUAGAAAAGAUCUAAACUUUUUUCCUUUGUGGACCUGCUUUCUUUGGCUGCUGAGAUAGACAAACAUGGGCUUAAAAAUGUGUUCCUCCCAGUUUGCUUGCCCUUCACAUGGUACUCUGAAUUUCCUUUUCCUUCACUGCCUCCCUCCCUCUCUCUCUCCUUCCCUUUUCUCUGCCAGGCCAUUUUUUAAAUAGACAUCGAAGAUACCUCAAAUGUUGGUAUCUGAUAAUAUCUGUCUCUCUUCUUAUCUGAGGAGUGACCUUUUAUUUUUAAGAUGAGUACAGACCUAUUUUUACAUAAGUUUUCAGUACAAUUUUGAACAGCAACUUUUUAAUUACACAUCUUCCGGUGUUAGGAAGGUGAGAAAUGUCCCUAGGCGAGUCUGCUGUUCCAUGUCACCAUCCCUUGUCUCCCCUAGUCCCUUAAGAGCUCUUUUCCUUCUCCUAGUUUUGGGUGUGCAUGUUUGGAGUUUGUAGUGGGUGGUUUGUGAAACUGGACCAUUCUGCCUUCCCUGGGUCCUUCACGAAAGCCUCAUUCUUUUCCCUUACCCUUUGCUGCUUCAUUCCCCCCCACCCCCCACCCCCGCACGCUGCUGUUCUGACUAUUAACUGGCACAGUAAUCCUGGGAGAGUGACUACCCUCAGAGAAAGACAAGUAAAAGAGCCACUGAUGUCCUGGGAAUUUCUGGUUGGAUUUGGUGCCCUGAACCCUCUUAUUAAGAGAUCAGAUCCUGGGGUGAGAAUAACAGACCAACUGGCUAAGAAAGCAAGCUGUUUGUUUUUCUUUUGAGCGAUGAAAAGACCUUGUUUGCGAAUACAUUUUAGACAGAAGAGAGGAAGAAUGUCUGAGGAACUUUGUUCUGUUUUCUGCUACAAAAGGUGAAUAGUUCAAAGAGUGAAGCCUUUUGUGAUGGUUGACGUCUCAGGAAUAAGCUGGAUCUCCAAAGUUUUGGAGAUGCUUUCAGUCUCAAAAAUUGAUGAUUAGAAAAUAUUUUUUUGUAUAUUUGUUUAAUGUGUUCCUGUUCUGAUUUUAAUUAAACUCCAAAUUUCACUUUAUAUACUCUUGGAAAAACUUAAGGUGCAUCAGUAACUUGCAUGAGAAGCUUGUUCAGGAUCUCAUUGUCCUCUGGGAGCUUGAUUCUUUGGGAAUGAAGCUUUCAUUUUUCUCAGACCCUGGCCUUGGUGUCCUGUGGAAUCUGACUCAACUACAGCUGGUCAGUGUUAGUGAGCAGAAGUGCGUCCCCUGUUUGGUCUUGACUGCUAUGCGUGAAAACUUGGCUUCCUCACUGAGCAACAAGGAGUGAAUUUAAAAGAUGUCAGUCAGCUUGAGUAGUCUCAAGAUGCUGUGUUCCCCUUUUUUGCUACCUUGAGGAACUUCUGCAGGUGGCCCCCUAAUCAGAGGCCAUAUUUCUAGUACUUCUUGGGCGUGUCAGCUGUAUAAUAUAGCAGCUUUCCAGUCCUUUAGCUGUCUCUGUAAGGACCUCCAUACUGCUUGGUGCAUUUCUUUCCUGGAGGCCACUGCUACUAGAGAUACUUUGGUCUCCAUAAAUCGAUGCUUUAAAGAUAAUUUCACGAGGCAGUAGAUAAACUUCCAACAGAUGACAACUUUGUGCGAUGCCUCACAGAAGCAUUUUCAGGGCAAGCCAGAAUCCAGUGGGUGGCUUACUCCUGGAUGUUUGGAAAGAAUCUCCCAGUUGAACCCCUAAAUGAAUAACCUAUCCGGGCCUUUUCUUGGGGAGGGAACACCCUUAAGGGUAUCAUUGAGUGAGAUGGUUCUUAAAAUCUUAGUGAUCUUUUGUACUUUCCUUUUUAUGAGGAGAACAUGUUUCUGUGCUUGUGGGGACAAUCCAUCUUCAUGAGAAAUGACCUUCCUUCCAGAUUCCAGCAGGAGACAUGCAUUGUUGUGACUCUACCUCCUUCAUAGGGUGGUGGUACACUGAGUUCACCACUUUCUCAUAUUCUGUUUAUAUGGCUAUAAUGUGCUCAAGAGCACAGUUUAGAGAAGCUGGCUUCUAGCUAUUAGGCUUCCAAGCCAAGAGUUUCGUCCUUUCACCUGUUAUCUGUUGCUAUGUAACAGGUUACCCCCAAACUAAAUCUUAAAAGAGCAAGCAUUGGCGGUUUCUGUGGGUUAGGAGUUGGGAACCAGCUUAGCAUGAUGGUUCUGGCCCAGGAUCGUAAGAAAUUGCGGUCAAAACAUCAGCAAAGUCUACAGUCACCUGGGGUUUGAGAAUCCACUCCCAGACUCUUUGUGGCUAUUGGCAAGAUACCUCAAUCUCUCCCUAUGUGGGUCUCUUUUGUCUCUUUUUAGAGCAGUGUGAGUCUCCUCAUACCAUGGCAGCUGGCUCCCCCUGAGCGAGUGAUUCCAGAGAGAGGGCAAGGAGGACUCUGCAGUGCCUUUUAUGACAGUCUCUGAAAGCACACACCAUCACUCCUUCCUUAUUCUGUUCCUUAGAAGCAAACCACUAAGCCCAGCCUAUACUCAAGGGGACGGGAAUCACACACACCCUACUGAAUGGAGCAGUAAGAAUCUGUGGAUAGAUCUUAAAACCGCCUCACCCCCAACAGAAGGUGAAACCAGAUCAACAAGGGGCGGGGGUAGGUUAAAACUAGAUGAUAUACUGAGAGAGGUGGUGUUACUAAAAACAAUUCUCUAAGAUGUGCAUCAGCAAACAAAAAAAGACUCCCCAUGGCCACCUGCCUGUUUUGAGAGGGGUGAUGAGAAAAGGCAGUUCCCGGGAGGAUGUAUCUAUACGUUUGCCUGAUGUAUACUACCAGCGGUCCAGGGAUGCUUUUUGCAAGUCCUUGGCUUGGGAUCUCUAAGGCUCGAUACCAUUUACUCGUUAUCUCCUUUAGCCAGGAAUUGACAAAGGGAAGUGAAUCCUUCUAGUUGAGCCACGUAAGUGGACUUUGAAUCAGAGUUGUCAAGCAAAGGGAGCAAAUGUGUAUUAGAUGUUGGUUACUGGGCUGAAGAAAAGCCAACCGUUUAGAUUCAGGGUGAAAUAGCUGAUAGCAUCCGGAAGCCAGGUGUGUGCCAGAGUCCAUGCUUAGCACCUGCUCUUGCCAACCAUACCAGCUGAAGCAGACUUGGGUCGGGUGUCACCCAAGAAGCUGCUCGAUAAAGUAGGGGACAUCUGGGAAUUAGAAACACCUGUCUGUGCUUGAUUGUUCAGGUUAACUGUGUGCUCACCUCAUCCUGAGCUUUCUGAUGGAAAUGAGGUCUUAAAGAGAACCAGCCGUAUCUUCACUCUGGAGAGAAACUUAGAUGAGGCUUGUCAGUUCAGCACCUUCUUAGUGAAUGUCUGCUCUGUGUUUCUGGCACCUGUGUGCAACCAAGCUUUGGAGAGUUCAGACAUCUUAAGGAUGUAAAUUCUUGUUUAACUUUAUACUCCACCUUUUGCACUUACCUAUAGCUGUGCUUGCUUUAGAGUAUACUUGAGUAAAAAGCAUUGCUGCUGAAGCAGCUAUUUUAAAAAAAGUACUUCUCCCAGAAGUAAGGAACUCAUCUUUAAAGCACCUUCAAAUGAAUUUGUUUCCUUCUAAUUUUUUUCAUAACAGUCGGUCUUUUAUAUUUGCUGUUGGCUUACCAGCUCUUUGGAUCUCUGAGACCUUACCUUCCCAAUUCAAACAUUUCCAUUAGAAUGCAACCUGCUAGACAUUUGAGCUUUCACCCCAGAGGCUUUCAUUUGGCCAAUGCAUAUUGACUCCCUGCUUUGAAUCAAGGCACCUGGUGUAAGGGGCUCAUCGUGUUGGCAGCAGUAUCCCAGAAAUGGAAUCUUUUUCCAUUGUCCCUGUCUUGGAGACUUGAUGGGGAUUAGGUAUCUUGGCUGCUUGAAACCAAGGCCCUCAGCUCUUUGCAUUCCCCUCUAGACAGGAGGCCCACUGCUUUUCUUUACCUGGGUCAGAACUUUCCCCUCUUGGCAUGUUUCUCUACCACAUGCAUAUGGGCAGCUAUUUAUUAUCUGCGAAACCCAAUCUCUUACCCACCCAUGACAUCUGAGAGGAAGGAGUAUUUGUUUUAAAGAAGCACUGUUUCUUUGGGAGGGCAAUUUCUAUCUGGACUUUGAAAGGGGCAUAGUUACUGUGCAUUACUACCCCCCACUACCACGAAAUUCUUUCCCUCUCUCUUUUAAUAAAAGGUGGCAUUAGACUU